AUGACCACUCCGGCACUCGCAGGCUCUUCCUCCCCGCACGUUGACCCAGCCAUAUUCUCGUCGCUCCAGACCAAAAUCGACCAAGAGCAGGCGAUCCGCGACGAGCUCCGGACGCACGUCGAAGCGCUAUCGAAGCAAGGCCGCCUCACACAAUCCAUCCUCUCUCGCAUCCACAACACACCGACCGACGAACUCGAGGCCAGCGUCCUCGCGCCCUGCUACGACGCGCUCUUGGAGCAGACCAAGACGGUGAAAGAGCUGGCCCAGUCGGCGUCCCAGUACCCGUUCUACAAGUGGAAUUCGAUAUGGCAACGAGACAUCCAGGCGGUCAUCAGCAGCCUGCAACUGUGUGACUGGCUCAAGGACGGCAAUCUGCUCACAUUGGAAGAGGUCGGACAGAGGCUAGAUGUCCCGGUCAAUCUCAAAUCCGAAGAUGCCUUUCACAUCACCGUCGAAGACUACCUCCUUGCCCUGACCUCGACGAUCGAAGAGCUCGCACGGCUGGCUCCCAACGCGGUCACGUUGGGUGACUACGCGCGACCGCUGCAGAUCUCGAAAUUCGUCAAGGAUGUCCACGCGGGAUUCCAGCUGUUGAACUUGAAAAACGACAUACUGAGGCGAAGAGCCGAUGGGGUCAAAUAUAGCGUCAAGAAGGUGGAGGACGUUGUCUACGAUUUGAGUCUACGUGGCUUGAUCCCCAAGACUCCUGCAACGGAAUGA